AUGGCAUUAGCAGGAAGCCACUUUGGUGGCCAAUGGGGCUCAUUCGUUGUCGCACGAGACUCCUUCAACUUGUCCAUGACAGAUCAUGUCAUCCGCACACAAGCAGAUCUCGGUGAACUCGACGAGUUCUACAACAUUGACAUGGCACCACGCCGCUACCAAGCCUUGACGACCUAUCACAAGAGUGAGCAGGAUAUUCUUAGCGAGAUUGAUUUUGAACAUCUCGAUCAAGAGGGCAAAGUGGACUAUAUCAUGCUCAACACAUACCAUACAAGACAGCUCAACAAUCUGGAUCUUCAGAAAGCUUCGAAAGAGAAAUAUGACCCCUUGUUGCCGUUUGCAGAUGAUCUUGUUGGAAUGCUGGAGGCACGCCAGGAUGUUGAUCCGAUGAAGGCCAAAGAAACAGCUGGUUUGCUGAACAACAUCACCAAGUCUAUCGCCAAAGUACAGACAAAGGUGCAAGAUGGUGGUUUCAACGUUACUGAAACAACGGGAUAUCUUGCGAGUAAAGCUAUUACCAAUCUUCUUGACCUUUUGGGCGAAUGGUUUACGUUUUACUCGACUUAUGAUCCUCUUUUCGACUUCUGGGUUACAACACCUUGGCAAGCGGCGAAUACAUCCCUGACGAGCUAUCUUGACGUCGUCCAGAAAAAUUUGGCCGGGAUGAACCAAAAUGAUGGUGAAGAUGCCAUCGUCGGUGAACCAAUCGGACGCAAAGGGCUGGAAGUUGAACUCGAAGCCGAGAUGAUUCCCUACACACCCGAAGAACUCAUCAAGAUUGGAAACCAAGAAUUCGCAUGGUGCGAAAAAGAAAUGAUCAAACAAUCCGAAGCUCUCGGCUACGGAAAAAAAUGGAAGAAAGCCCUCGAACACGUCAAAAACGACUACGUCGAGCCCGGCAAGCAAACAGAAUUCGUCCGCAACCUAGUCGUCGAAGGAAGUCUCUUUGUUACAGAACGCGAUCUCGUCACUAUCCCCCCUUUAGCAAACUCAACAUGGCGCAUGACGAUGAUCGACGCAGAACAACAGAAAGUCUCCCCUUUCUUCCUCGGCGGUCCAGUUAUUCAAGUUUCCUACCCCGUUUCAUCAAUGGAACAUGAUCUUAAACUAAUGGUCAUGCGUGGAAAUAACAAACACUUCGCUCACGCGACUGCUUUCCACGAGAUGUUCCCUGGUCAUCGAUUACAGCUCUACAUGGCAGACCGCUAUAACUCUCAUAGAAAAGAAAUCUUCGACACACCUUUCUUUGUAGAAGGUUGGGCGCUGUAUUGGGAGUUUUUGUUCUAUGCGCGAGAUGAUUUCCAUAAGUCGCCCGAGAAUAGGAUCGGUGCACUUUGGUGGCGCAUGCACCGUUGCCUGAGGAUUAUUUUCUCUCUAAAGUUUCAUUUAGGUGAGAUGACGGCUCAAGAGGCUGUUGAUUUGCUCGUUGAGAGGAUUAAUCACGAGAGGAGUACUGCUGAAGGUGAGGUGAGACGAUCUGUUGAAGGGACUUAUUCGCCGCUUUAUCAGGCUGGGUAUAUGCUUGGUGCUCUCCAGCUUUGGAAGUUGAGGGAGAUGGCGGUUGAUAGUGGGAAGAUGACGCAGAAGGAGUAUCAUGAUGCUAUUUUGAGGACUGGUGGGUUACCGAUUGAGAUGGUCAAGGCACUGAUUCUGAACGAUGAGCUGUCGAAGGAUUUCAAAGCGGGAUGGAAAUUUUACGACUUCAAUUAA